UUCACUCACUUUCUUGCAUCUCCUGCCGCGAUUUCUCCGCCCCCUAAAAUCUUAUUAAGUGUCUUAAUCUUCUGUUUCUUUACUUAAUUUCACGAUUUUGCCACUUAACCCACCGCUAAAUCUUCAAAAGCAUUUUUUUUUUUAAUCUUUGACCUUUUUAAAAGUUUCACCAUCAUUGAGCUUUCAGAAGAAACAAAAUAAAAAAUAAAAAAAAGUGUGCUUUCGUUCUCAAAUUCCAAUCUUGAAAAUGGGUUUCGUUGCCGGACUCGUAAUUGGGCUUGUCGUCGGCCUCGGUAUUAUCGUUCUCUUUGUUCGUUCGGAGAACUCUCGAUCGAAGCGUCGGAAUGAACUCGCAACGACGGUGGCUGCUUUUGCAAGAAUGACGGUGGAAGAUUCUAGAAAGAUCUUGCCGCCACAAUUUUACCCUUCUUGGGUGGUCUUCUCGCAGCGCCAGAAGUUGACGUGGCUUAAUCAACACCUUACGAAGAUCUGGCCUUAUGUUAAUGAGGCAGCAUCUGAACUAAUAAGGACUUCGGUGGAGCCGGUGCUUGAGCAAUAUAGGCCGAUCAUAUUGGCUUCUUUAAAGUUUUCCAAGUUUACUCUUGGCACUGUUGCACCACAGUUUACUGGAGUAAGUAUUGUUGAAGAUGGAGCUGAUAGUGUUACAAUGGAGAUGGAAAUGCAGUGGGAUGCAAAUUCAAGUAUAAUACUUGAUAUCAAGACUUAUCUUGGUGUAUCACUACCUGUGCAGGUGAAAGAUAUUGGAUUCACUGGAGUUUUCAGGUUGAUAUUUAAGCCGCUAGUGAAUGAGUUUCCUUGCUUUGGAGCUGUUUGUUUUUCUCUGAGAAAAAAGAAGAAGUUGGAUUUCACCCUGAAAGUCAUUGGUGGUGACAUAUCAACUAUUCCUGGACUUUCUGAUGCUAUUGAGAGCACAAUAAGGGAUGCUAUUGAAGAUUCUAUCAUGUGGCCAGUCAGAAAAAUUAUUCCUAUUUUGCCUGGUGACUAUAGUGAUUUGGAGUUAAAGCCUGUUGGAAUACUAGAGGUGAAGCUUGUCCAGGCACGGGACUUAACAAACAAAGAUAUUAUUGGAAAAUCAGAUCCCUAUGCUUCAUUAUAUGUACGCCCUUUACCUGACAAAACAAAAAGAAGUAAAAUAAUUAACAAUGAUUUGAAUCCUAUUUGGAAUGAGCAUUAUGAAUUUGUUAUUGAGGAUGCAACAACUCAGCACUUGGUGGUAAAAAUUUAUGAUGAUGAGGGGCUUCAGGCAUCUGAACUCAUUGGAUGUGCUCAAGUACAUCUAAGGGAACUUGAACCUGGUAAAGUGAAGGAUGUCUGGUUAAAUCUGGUUAAAGACUUGGAGAUCCAGAGAGAUACUAAGAACAGGGGGCAGGUGCACUUGGAGCUCUUGUACUGUCCCUUUGGCAUGGAGAAUGGUUUUACAAACCCCUUUUCGCCUAACUUUUCAAUGACCUCCUUGGAGAGGGUUCUUAAAAGUGGAGCAAAUGGAACUGAUGAUAUUGAAAAUGAAAAAGCAUUUACACAGAAGAAAAAGGAGGUUAUUAUUAGAGGAGUACUGUCUGUGACUGUGAUAUCUGCUGAAGAUUUGCCUGUUGUUGAUUUAAUGGGAAAGGCUGAUCCCUAUGUUGUGCUCACAAUGAAGAAAUCAGGAGCGAAAAACAAAACUAGGGUUGUGAAUGAAAGCUUGAAUCCAGUUUGGAAUCAAACAUUUGACUUUGUUGUCGAGGAUGGAUUACAUGAUAUGCUAAUCCUUGAAGUCUGGGACCAUGACACUUUUGGGAAGGACUACAUGGGGAGAUGCAUUUUGACAUUGACUAGGGUUAUUUUGGAAGGGGAAUACAAAGAUUGCCUCCAGAUAGAGGGAGCUAAAUCCGGAAAAUUGAAUCUGCAACUUAAGUGGAUGCCACAGCCAAUUUUCCGUGACUCCUAAGUGAUCCGAAGACAGGUUCGGAGUUCUAAUAUGAGAGAACCAGUUAUGCAAAUCUGAGUUUGCGACUCAAGUCGAUUCCAAAGCCAGAUUAUUCCAAUUCCUGGGUUGACCAUGUUCAGUAUCGUCUAUAUCACAGCUCUGAGAGGGUGUUCUACCCUCAGUAGUCAGUCCCGAUACCCUGGGUAUGUACUUGUAGGAGCUAAUACUUAAAACUGCGUACAUAAAUAUUUUUCAGCAGCUCUAGGCUUUGUGUAAAGUUGGAGUUUUGGGAUACUAUACCAUUCAGAACAAACAGCAUGGUUUACAUGAGAAAUGGAAUUUCCAAUUUCAUUUUAGCACGCAGAGCAGGGUCCUGUCACUCAUUUUUUUUAUCAAGGUAAAGCUU